CUCCCGAUGCAGUAGCCUGCAACAGAGCAGGAUCAGACAGGGUACAUACCGGCAUGGCGAGCCAACGCACGGUGUCACGCUCUCUGGUUGUCCUCAUGGCGGCGGUGGUGCUUCUGCAUCGGUCUCGCCGCGUUGCGGCGGCGGCGGCGCUUUCUUCGUCAACGACGACGAACCAGGCGCGGGCCCCGGCGCUGUUCGUGCUCGGGGACUCCAUCGUGGACUCGGGCAACAACAACGCCAUCACGACGAUGGUGCGGUGCAACUUCGCGCCCUACGGCCAGGACUUCCCGGGUCACAACGCCACCGGCCGAUUCAGCAACGGCAAGGUCCCCGGCGACAUCCUCGCCUCCCGGAUGGGCAUAAAGGAGUACGUGCCGGCGUACCUCGGCACCCAGCUCAGCGACUUCGACCUGCUCACCGGCGUCAGCUUCGCCUCCGGCGGCUGCGGCUUCGACCCCCUCACCGCCGAGCUCGUGUCGGCGCUCACCAUGGACAACCAGCUGGACCUGUUCAAGGAGUACAAGGAGAAGCUCAACCGCGUCGCCGGCGCACAGCGGGCCGCCGACAUCGUGUCCACGAGCCUGUACCUGGUGGUCACCGGCACCGACGACCUCGCCAACACCUACUUCACGACGCCGUUCCGGAGGGACUACGACCUCGAGUCCUACAUCGAGUUCGUCGUGCAGUGCGCCUCCGACUUCACCAAGAAGCUGUACGGGCUGGGCGCGCGGCGCGUGAACAUCGCCGGCGCGCCGCCCAUCGGGUGCGUGCCGUCGCAGCGGACCAACGCCGGCGGGCUCGAGAGGGAGUGCGUCGCGCUGUACAACCAGGCGGCCGUCGUGUUCAACGCGGCGCUCGAGAAGGAGAUCAAGCGGCUCAACGGCAGCGCGGAGCUCCCGGGCUCGGUGCUCAAGUACAUCGACCUCUACACACCGCUGCUCGACAUGAUCCAGCGCCCUGACACCUACGGAUUCGAGGUGACGAACCGAGGGUGCUGCGGCACUGGGGUGUUCGAGGUCACGCUGACAUGCAACCGGUACACGGCGCAUCCCUGCAAAGACCCCACCAAGUUUCUGUUCUGGGACACCUACCACCUCACGGAGAGGGGCUACAAUCUUCUCCUGUCGCAGAUCAUUAACCGAUACGGGUUCUGAAAUGAGGUGAUGACAAUAAUGGAGAUUUUGGCGCCAAGAAUUUCUGUUGAACCUUUGAAGUACAGUUACUGCAACCAGCAGUCCAAUAUCACUGCUGCAAUGUGCAUUCUGAAUUCUUGUGAUAUAUCAUGGAUUCAUGGGCAUGACGACCA